UAAUAGGUUAAAGUGGCUGGAGCAGCAGAGGAGGGGCUGAGUGUCGCUGAGAGGAGAAGCGCUUCAGAGAUCACCACUCAGAGAAAGCAGCCCAGCACUCCACUUCACUUCCAUUCUGCUCGCUCUUUCCUUCUCGCCGCUCGUCUUUCCUUUCAGUUCGUUUCUUCACCAAACUCGGUACCAGGGCGUUAUUUCCGCUCGUGGAGAAGAGAUGCUCGAGCUCGGACUGUAGCGGCACCAACGCGCUGUUUAGUUCCGCACCGGGCGAGGAAUGCCAUCUGAGCCUCAAUGUUUCACUGGGCCAAGUGGAAGAAGAGGAUGGGCGCGAAUAGCUCCUCUAAGAGACCGGUCUUCGACGAGAAAGAGGACGUGAAUUUCGAUCACUUCCAGAUUCUCCGAGCCAUUGGAAAGGGCAGCUUUGGGAAGGUGUGUAUUGUGCAGAAGCGUGACACAGAGAAGAUGUACGCCAUGAAGUACAUGAACAAACAGCAGUGCAUAGAGCGAGAUGAGGUCCGAAACGUCUUUAGAGAGCUAGAGAUCCUACAGGACAUUGAACAUGUUUUUUUAGUCAACCUCUGGUAUUCCUUCCAGGAUGAGGAGGACAUGUUCAUGGUAGUAGACCUGUUACUGGGAGGAGACUUGAGGUAUCACUUGCAGCAAAAUGUCCAGUUCACAGAGGAAGCGGUUAAACUUUACCUGUGCGAGAUGACCCUGGCACUGGACUACCUGCAGAGUCAGCACAUCAUACACAGGGAUAUCAAACCAGACAAUAUUCUUCUAGACGAACAAGGUCAUGCCCACCUGACUGACUUCAAUAUUGCUACAAUUAUCAAAGAUGGAGAAAGAGCCACGGCUUUAGCUGGAACCAAGCCAUAUAUGGCUCCUGAGAUUUUCCAGUCUUUUGUAAGCGGUGGGACUGGCUAUGCAUUUGAAGUGGACUGGUGGUCACUAGGGGUCACCAUAUUCGAGGUCCUGCGAGGAUGGAGGCCGUACGACAUCCAUGCCAGCAACUCAGUGGAGUCUCUAAUGCAGCUCUUCAGCACAGUCAGCGUGCAGUACUGUAACUCCUGGCACAAAGACCUCAUCUCCCUGCUGCGUAAGCUGCUGACAGUAAAUCCAGAGCAUCGAUUCUGCAGUCUUGCCCACAUGCAGACAGCCCCCUACCUCUCAGAUGUGAACUGGGAUGCUGUCUAUGAGAAGAAGAUGGAGGCUGGAUUUGUUCCCAACAAAGGGCGUCUGCAUUGUGACCCCACCUUUGAGCUGGAAGAGAUGAUUUUAGAAUCUCGUCCGCUACAUAAGAAGAAAAAGCGUCUGGCCAAGAACAGGUCAAGAGACAACAGCAAGGAUUCCCAAUCUGAGAAUGAUUAUCUACAGGAGUGCCUUGACGUCGUGCAGCAAGAGUUUGUGAUCUUCAACCGAGAAAAGUUGAAGAGGAGACAGGAGGAAGGCUGCAUGGUGGGAGAAGGGGAGGGAGCAGAGGGAGAAGCAGAAGGAGAAGGUGACCCUGACCGAGAGGCAGAAGAGGCAGAGGGCGGGACAGAGGAUGAAGAAACCGAGCCCGAACCCGAGACCUCCAAACUGAGCAUGUGCGGCUCGGUGUGCUCAUCCCCGGGCAGCUCAUAGAUCCACAGGCACAGCACCUCCUGCUGGUCGCUUAGGUGUCACUGCGCUCACCAUGCCUAUAAAGCCCUAACUGCACCCAGUACCAAAAGUGCACCCGAUUAGGGCUCCGAAACAUCUCUCUUCUCCAUCCCAGUUACAUUCAUCUCAGCAUGGUUUGGGUUCUGCCUAUACGAGCAACGACAUGGCCUCCAUUUUCUCGUUCUCUACAUGGCCUCUAGAGUAAGCUCAAUCUUCUAUGCAACAUUAUCUGUACAGCAUGAUGUAAAGUAGACAUUUUAGAACUAACGAGCCGCACCGACAGAGCGCAUGACGACACACAGAGCAAUAGGACUCUGCUGUAAGAAUGUUAACAUGACAAGGGCGGCCAAAUGAGAAUGCUGUUUGUGUAUUAAUUAUGAUUAGGUGAAAACACUCUGAACUUUAGACUUGCUAUGUUUGCUGUUUCAGCUGCUCCCUCUGAAAGUGGGCUGCUAUUUACUAGUCAUUAAGCAUUUAGUUCAUUUCUAUAGAAGUAAUUCCCAGAUAGCAAGUGAGUGAUGACCCAGUGCCCGCCCACACAUACCUCUUUCACCCAGCGCACGUUCUGCUGCGUAAUGACAGCCACAACUCAAACACGAUGACAACUUACAGUAUCUCAGGCAUGAUAUGGUGCAGUUGGACCACUUUUGGUCCAAAAUUGUAACCCUGCACAAGCUUUAGAUAUUGUUUAUUGCAUUGGGGCUUUUAUUUUUUUGAUCCAGAUUCUAAAUACCAGGAGAACCUUAAACGUGGCUGUUUACACACCCGCUUUUGGAUUACAAACACACUUCCCAUCGCCAUAACUGACUCUAAUGUGCCUAAACCCAACAUUUGGCCUGGAAUCGUCUGCUAUCUGGGAACAAUCUGGGAUUAAUUGCUUGGCAAAUGAAAAAAAAAAUGAAAAAAGAGCAAGACUUAAAAAGAAUCACUCUUACAAAUAUGACUUAAGAGUGACCAUGUGACUACAAUGGUCAUGUUCUGAAUGUCUGAGAAAACAAUGUUCAUAGUAUGUCACAAGUAAAUACAUACAAAAAAUUAAAUAAAAAUCGAACUGCAGUGACUUUCUUAAUCUUACGUCAGAAUCUGUUAAGGUGUUAAUGUUAAUGGCUUGGUUUUUCUGUAUCUCUGUCUUGAUAAACUUGCUGCUUCUGGCCAGCACUCUGUUGGCACUUUGAUCUGUGUUUCUCCUUCUGACUGUUAGUGUUUCACAUGUAAGAUGCUUGUUCCUGAAAGAUUUGAUGUUCAGUGUAGGUCACACUGCAGUGUGCGUCCAGUGCGUUCAGUUAACUACUCUAGUGCUCUUCCAUUCCUGCUGCUUAGGACCUACUGAUGAUUUUCACUUCACCAGGGGAAUAAGCUUUAGUGACCUCUAUAGGACACCUGUUUAAGAUUUUGUUUGAUUAAGUCAAUUAAAAAAGAAAAUAUUCUGAAAGUAAAUUUUAGGUGCCGUUUGGGGUCUGUGUUCUGCAUUGAUUUGGGUUAAGCACUCCCCCUAGUGGGCCGGAUGAGGCUUUUCUGAAGAGUAGCAUUGAUUCGAUCCUAUAUAAACAUGUUUUAAAGGUGAUACCAUCGAGCCGAGUUGUGACGUUGGAACAUGUAGCAUUCUACAUAAUUAGACAGCACCAUUUUCCAAUUGUUGUUGUAUAAUUAUGUAAAACAUAGCUAGAAGCAGGACCUUUUCUCCACAGUUUUAUGUGGGUGCGCAUAUCAGACUUAGGUAUUAACAAAAAAAAAUCAGAUUGAAAUAGUUCUAAUAGAAUAAAAAGCAGUUGUAUGAAGCUAUAUCUUCAUACUUCUAUUUCCAAGUGUGCAGGCACAACUUGUAGGCAAAAACGCCAAAGCUUUUGUACCAUUUGCAUAGCUGUUUCUAAAUAAAAAUGAGUGCCUGUACGUUUGCAUUUGUCUGUUUGAAUAGCACGUACGUGUGUGUCUGUACGUGUUUAUUGGCGUAAUCUGUGUGUCUGUGUGUGUGGGUGUGUGCGCAUACCUGUGUGGGAGUGUGAAAGUAGUGCAUAGGACCAAUGUAAUAAUUUGUAAAGAAGCAUUUAUUGUGGUAAGUAAAAAAAAAAAAAAUAACAUGGAAUGUUUCUGGAAUUAAACAUUAAUUCUACUGUUAGCCUCAAGUGGACAUUAAUUCACUGUAAGUUAUUGAUUACUAUACUGAUACCAAUAGCAUAUUGAAUAAACAUUGACAUUUUUUGCAUGUACCCCUAUUUACAAAGACUAGAAUGGGGUGUUUUGGGGGAAGGCAUAUGGUUGUUGCUAUGUUGCUUUGCCAUACACAUCCGCCAUUGAAAUGAAGACUCUUAAGAAUUGGGAUGAUGACCGCAUUUUUCACCAGUGACAUCAGUGCUCUGUAUUGCCAUCCAAUUUUCAUACUCUAGGACUGUGUUAUCAGCUGAAGAUGUUCGACUCUACAAAGCAAAGCAUCGUCUUCAAUAAUUGUGGAUGGCAUGAUAUGUAUCAAUAGACUCUGUUUAAAUUUUGGCAUCCCAUAGUUUGUUUUAAUGAUGCUGAAAAUAAUAAUAAUAAUAAAAUGUUUAAGGGCACUGGCUCUGUCUGUUCAUAAGGAAUCAACAUGCAACUUCAGAAAUCUGAUUAAACUGUAAGAGUGUGUCUUCGGUUAUCCUGGAACAUUGCUUCCUUUUUUUUCUUCUUUUUUUUAUCAGAGCGUUAUGUUAGUACACUCUGUAUGUUAUAACAAUUUGUAUUCAUAAAGCAUAAUCCUAAUGCUCAAGGUCACUUUAAAAUUCUAUUUAAAAAAAAAAAAAAGAAAAGAAAAGCUAGCAAGAGGAGAGGUAUUGAAAGAAAGCGUAUGUCCUUGGAUUCUAGUUUGGUCUUGAAAGAAGACUGUAGACUGGAGAAGCAGAGUCUGGAAGCCACAGCAGUGAAUCUGCCCACCUGAUCACAACCAGUCUGGUCUGUGUGG